CUCUCCCCGCAGUCGGAGGACCCGGAGGAGAUCCAGGAUGCGGUGCGCGCCUGCAGCCGCCUGUUCGGGGCCUUGCUGGAGCGGGGGGAGCUGUUCGUGGGCCAGCUGCCCCCGGAGGAGACCGUCAUGGCAGGGUCCCGGGGGGCCACGCGGAAGUACAAGGUGUGGAUGCGGCACCGUUACCAGAGCUGCUGCAACCGCCUGGCCGAGCUCCUGGCCCAUCCCUCCUUCCAGGUCAAGGAGCUGGCCCUCAGUACCCUCAUGAAUCUCGUGCAGCUGGAAGGGGCGCACCCCCUGGAGAAGCCCAAGUGGGAGGGCAGCUACCUGUUUCCCCGCCAGCUCUUCAAGGCAGUGGUGGACGGUCUGCUGUCCCUGGAGGAGGACUGCUCGCUGCUCCUCUCCCAGUUCUGCCAGUACCUGGAGCAGGAUGAUGUGCGCUACCACACGAUGCAGGCGGCCACAGACACCGUGGCCAGGGUCGCCAACGCACACCCCGAGGUGAGCUGGCGGAGCCCAGCAGCUGAGCUGUCGGACAAGUGGAAGGUCACUCAUCUGAAGGAGCACAGGAAAGCCUUCCAGCUGAUGUGGCUCGGCUUCCUCAAGCACAAGCUGCCCCUCAGCCUCUACAAGAAGGUGCUGGUGAUCAUGCAUGAGUCCAUCCUGCCCCACCUGGCCCAGCCCAGCCUCAUGAUCGACUUCCUCACCCGCGCCUACGACAUCGGGGGCGCCAUCAGCCUCCUGGCCUUGAAUGGACUUUUUAUCCUGAUUCAUGAGCACAACCUGGAGUACCCCGAUUUCUACCGCAAGCUCUACGGCCUCCUGGACCCGUCCGUCUUCCACGUCAAGUACCGGGCGCGCUUCUUCCAUCUGGCCGACCUCUUCCUGUCGUCCUCGGAGAAUAUUGGGAACGCGCGUGCCCUCCAGGCGCUCCAGCGGCAUUACCACCCCGAGGUGUCCAAGGCCGCCAGCGUCAUCAACCAGGCGCUGUCUGUGCCCGAGGCCAGCAUCGCGCCCCUCCUGGAGCUCACCGCCUUCGAGAUCUUCGAGCGGGACCUGGAGAAGAAGGGGCCCGAGGCGGUGCCGCUGGAGUUCAUCCCCGCGCAGGGCCUGCUGGGCCGGCGUGACGACCUCUGCGCCCAGCACUUCACACUCAGCUGACCCUGGGCCCCCCUCCCCCCAAUAAGUGGUUUUGUAGGAGCGACUCAG